CGGAACCAAUGUGAGCGUAAAGUUCUUCACUUUGUUUCAGAGGGGAAGUCAAAAUCCACGGACCAGGAAACCAUGCCGCCGGUCCUGUUUGAAGGAGACUUGACAGCAGAAUGGGAUUUUAGUGGGUUAAGUGAUCGUUUUGUGAUGCGAUAAUCAUGAACGUCUGUCGUCAUCUGUUACGGAUCCAGUGUGUUGGGUGCUUUUCACGUUUCUUGACACCUGCCCAGAGAGUGAAACUGCACCCCCACCAGCAGACCCAUGCACUACAACAAAACUAUGGCCAGGCGCUGAGGUCAUUUUAUUACAGUUCAGGACGUUCCACGAGUCAAAAGGAGCUUAAAAAGGCAGCAGAAUGUGAGACACAAAAUAAAGACAGAACUUUGGUCACACAUGAAGAUGUUUUCGAACGCACUGCUAAACACUCAAAAACCAAAGCCAGUUUCAACAAGGUUGUGGAUGUUUUUAACAAGAAUGACAUUCGACGGCGGGGCCAUGUGGAGUUUAUUUAUGCUGCCCUUAAGAAGAUGCCAGAGUUUGGAGUAGAAGGAGACAUUACUGUUUACAACAAACUGCUAGAUGUGUUUCCCAAAGAAGUGUUUGUACCAAGGAACUUUAUACAAAGGAUGUUUAACCACUAUCCAAGGCAGCAAGAGUGUGGAGUCCAGCUGCUGGAGCAGAUGGAGAAUAAUGGUGUCAUGCCCAAUGUAGAGACCAAGAUUUUACUGGCUCAGAUAUUUGGGGAGAAGAGCCAUCCGAUGAGAAAGUACCAGCGUAUCAUGUAUUGGUUUCCCAAAUUCAAGCACACAAACCCCUACCCCAUCCCACAUGUACUUCCUAGUGAUCCAGUAGACCUUGCUCGAUUUAGUCUUACUCGCAUCGCCAGCGACCCUGAUGCAAAAAUAACAAUCUAUCAGUACCCAUCGACGGACAUCACGGAAACAGGAGAGGAAGCGUUAAGGCCUUAUAUUAUAGGUAUACAAGGUCCAGAGCAGCGCUCUCUUCUGGCCAAACACAAUCCUUGCAGGCCUGUGUUUGUAGAAGGCCCAUUUCCACUGUGGCUCAGAAAGACUUGUGUUCAUUAUUACCUGCUAAGGGCAGACCCUGUACCACCUGAGGAAAAGGUGGAAGAAGAAUUUGACCACGAGUUGAUCGGACCUGAGCAGUCUCUCUUCUACCCUCAGCGAGUGGAGCUUGACUUGGAAAGAGACAUGGGUGAUGAUGACAGUUUUGAUGUGGACGAUGUGGAAGAGGGGCCAGUUUACGCAAUGUGUAUGGCAGGUCAGGGUGACCAAGCCACUCUGGCUCAAUGGAUUUCUGGUCUACAGGAGACCUGUCCCAUAUUAGGACAGAUCCCCACAGUGUUCCGUCUGGAUUCUGGAUCUAGAGAACUCCUAACCUCCUCAGAUGCUCAGCAGAGCCCAAAGCAGGGUCCUGAACCGGGGUCUGAAACAGACCAUAUUAUUGAAGAUGAAGUGUUACACUCACAGAGAGUGAAACAGUGAGAAUUUGGUGUUUUACAGUGCUAAUACCAGUGGAUGCUCAAUAAGUCUAAUAUAUUGUGGUACACAUGUAACGAGGAACCUCACUUUUAGACACAAGUUGUCAAGACUGAUAAGAACAAAAGGGAUAUAAAUCUUUCCUCAUUUUAUUGUGAAAUACAAUUUUCAUGACUAACACAAAGAGUUUUUUUUCCUUUUGUUAAAAUUUUGAUGACAUGGCGUGUGACUUAGUGAUUUUAUAUUAUGCAAGUCACUCUUUAAAAGUCACAUUAAUGUGUAUAAAUAUCAUAUGAUCUCACAGUGCAACGAAAUAGGCUAUACAUUUGCCCCAAAUUUUGGUUUAGCAUACAUCUUACAAAUAUAAAACUUUCUGUCUGUUUAUUUUAAUCCCUGACUAAUUUGAGAAGUUGGUCUAUAUAUAUAUAUAUAUAAAAACAAAUAU